CGCCGCCGACGAUGGUGAGCCUUGGCGCAAAUCGCGGGGGGCACAGGAUCCAGUCGAUCCUCAAGGAUGGGCACAAGCACCUCUCGGGCCUCGACGAGGCCGUCCUCAAGAACAUCGGCGCCGCCCGCGAGCUCUCCGCCAUCACCCGCACCUCCCUUGGCCCCAACGGAAUGAAUAAGAUGGUCAUUAAUCAUCUAGACAAGCACUUCAUCACGAAUGAUGCUGCAACAAUUGUGAACGAGCUUGAGGUCCAGCACCCUGCUGCUAAGCUCCUGGUGCUCGCCGCCAGAGCGCAACAGGAGGAGAUCGGAGAUGGGGCUAACCUCACCAUAUCUUUUGCGGGUGAACUUCUCGACAAGGCCGAGGAGCUCAUCAGGAUGGGACUGCAUCCAAGUGAGAUCAUCAUUGGGUACACCAAGGCCAUUAAUAAGGCCUGUAUCCAAGUUUGCCCAGAAAAUCCGGCAAAUUUUAAUGUUGACAAUGUUAGAGUGGCAAAGCUGGUUGGAGGCGGCCUGCACGAUUCUUCUGUAGUCCGUGGGAUGGUUCUGAAACAUGACGCUGUUGGGAGCAUUAAAAAAGUGGAGAAUGCGAUGGUUGCGGUAUUUGCCGGUGGUGUUGACACUGCUGCAACUGAAAUGAAGGGAACAGUUCUUAUACAUUCUGCUGAGCAUCUUGAAAACUAUGCUAAAACUGAGGAAGCAAAGGUGGAGGAGCUUAUUAAAUCUGUGGCUGAUUCAGGUGCCAAGGCUAUUGUCAGUGGAGCAGCAGUUGGCGAUAUGGCAUUGCAUUUUUGUGAACGUUACAAGCUAAUGGUUCUGAAAGUCAGCUCAAAGUUUGAGCUUCGGAGAUUGUGCCGUACUACUGGGGCUGUAGCACUUUUGAAGCUUAGCCGGCCAACUGCGGCCGAAUUAGGAUAUGCAGACUCUGUUUCGGUGGAAGAAAUUGGCGGUGCUCGAGUGACUGUUGUCCAAAAUGAAGGAGGUGGAAAUUCAGUGGCUACUGUUGUCUUACGAGGCAGUACUGAUAGUAUAUUAGAUGAUCUUGAAAGAGCUGUUGAUGAUGGCGUAAACACGUACAAGUGUAUGUGCAGGGACAGUCGGAUUAUUCCUGGAGCUGCCGCAACAGAAGUAGAACUGGCAAAGAGAUUGAAGCAGUUUUCUCUGAAGGAAACAGGGUUGGAUCAGUAUGCCAUUGCAAAAUUUGGUGAAAGUUUUGAAAUGGUUCCAAGAACACUUUCUGAAAAUGCUGGACUUGGUGCAAUGGGGAUAAUAUCUUCCCUCUAUGCUGAGCAUGCUGCUGGCAAUGUGAAAGUUGGCAUUGACUUGAAGGAUGGUGCUUGCAAGGAUGCGUCAAGUAUGAAAAUAUGGGACCUCUACAUUACAAAGUCCUUCGCUCUAAAAUACUCAGCAGAUGUUGUAUGUACAGUACUACGGGUUGACCAGAUCAUCAUGGCAAAGCCAGCAGGAGGUCCGCGACCCCCCAAACAAGGUGGUAUGGAUGAAGAUUAGUUUGUCUGUGCACUCCAGUUUCCUGUGUUUCAUCUUAUCUAGGUUGGAUUCGAGUAAAAGAUUCUGGCUGCAUGGGUUCCACGGUUGGUGGUGGGUAGAAGCUUUAGCUGAUGUCUUGCUGGUGGAUUUGUGAGUUCCUUUGUGGUACUGUGUAUCACAUGAUAACUAGAGAGACUUGCUCGUCCAGUUUAUUAUGUGAACCAAAGCUGGUCUUGAAAGAUUGUGGAUCAUAUUGAUGUUUGUAAA